AUGCUUAUCUACAAGGAUAUCCUCACCGGUGACGAGCUCAUCUCCGACUCCUACGAUCUCAAGGAGGUCGAUGGCAUCGUCUACGAGGCCGACUGUGCCAUGAUCGAGGAGGGCGGUCUCAACGUCGAUAUCGGUGCCAAUGCUUCCGCCGAGGAGGCUGCUGAGGAUCUCGAGGACCAGGUCGUCAAGGUCAACAACAUCGUCAGCUCUUUCCGUCUCCAGGAGACCUCUUUCGACAAGAAGAGCUACCUCACCUACCUCAAGGGUUACAUGAAGGCUGUCAAGGCUGCUCUCCAGGAGAAGGGUGCUCCCGCCGAGGAGAUCUCUGCUUUCGAGAAGGGUGCCCAGAACUAUGUCAAGAACGUCGUCCUUGCCAAGUUCAAGGACUUCGAGUUCCUUACUGGCGAGUCCAUGAACCCCGACGGAAUGGUUGUCCUCCUUAACUACCGUGAGGAUGGUGUCACUCCCUACAUCACCGUCUGGAAGCACGGUCUUACCGAGAUGAAGGUCUAA